UUGAAGGGCAGGUGUAUCAGGCUCUUGGUGCCUGAGUUCGAGCAAUAUUGAUAUGUCGAUACAGCAUGGAAAGUGCAUAAAGCAUACUUAUUAGCGGUAGUUCCUAGCACAUGCGUGUUGCGUCCAAGCGUUGUUUUGCCGAGCUCUGAGUGGUUGAUAAAGCCCAGCGAAGAGGGUCUCGGUGCCACUCUGCACUCGAUUCUUAUCAGGUCUGCCUGAUCGCCCCAAAAAGAAGCUUUGGGCUGAUCGAGCUAAGAAUGAUGGAUUCGUCCGGAGCCUUGAGCCCACAUAAUUAUCGCGAACAGGUUUUAUAAGGCGCACGGACAACAGCCGGGUGACAGCUAUCAACAUGAACACUCAAAGAGCCAAUCAGUACGAGAUUCCUCGGCAUUUCACCACGCGAAGAGCCGUAGAAUGCGUAGAAGAUUUGCUUAGCCGCGCACUAGCUUUCCCCGCAAAUCCCGAUCAGGACAUCGACCCACCAAGACUGAACCUCCCAAAGUCGUUCCUUGAUUAUGCAUGGACAUCGCCCACGCCUCCGGCGAUGAGUGCCCCAAACCCUUCGAAGACAAGCAGGAAGCAGAAUCGGUGUUGUGAUCAAUGUCGGAAGGGCAAGCGAGCGUGCGACGCGGCGAUACUGGAAGACUCGUUGCUAGACGCGAGCAAAUCGGGAGACCAUCCGAGUGUCUUCCAUUACAGUGAUGUCUAUGGACCAUUAGCUGCCUGUGGAAACUGUGAGAAGACGAAAAAGAGUUGUACAUUCGAAUGGCUUCGCUCGCAGAGGGUGUCACAGGCAACACAGGCUCCGCCAAAUCCGGUCCCACCGGCGAAACGUCGCCGAACGGACAGCAAUGCAGCAAUCCCGCUUCGAAACACCAAUGGAUCAUCAAGGCAGGUUCAAAUUGGAAAGCCGAUAUGUCGAUCAGAUAUCACAGGGAGUGGGAGCUUGAUGAGCCCAGCCCAACUAGGGGUCACAUUUGGCGACUUCCCGGGAGUGCCGGCACUUCAGAUGGACUCUUCGACAAAUGCAUUUCGGUCAAUACCGGCUCUGUGGUAUGAUAGCAUCGAUAUGUCUGCGAAGGAGCAACUUGGCCAUUUCAGCGAUGUAUUCGAAGACGGGGCUAGCCAAUUGACGUGUGAUUCCGGUCAAGGCUCAUCCCUCGAAACACCACCUGGAAGCGUGAAAGACACAAUAGAGGAGAGAGGUCAUCGCCCAAGUAAUGGCGACGCCGUGGAUGAUGGCGAGACUGCACCGAAAGUGGACGGCGCUAUAAUGCGCGCUGGGCGAAAACGACGGCGCCGUAGCUCGUCGGUGUCACUCUCAAAUGGUGCGCUUCCUUGCCCAGCCAUAUCAUUUGCAGCCGAGUUUGUUUCGUCUGCAAACAAAGCGUUUUUGAGGGAGGGGUUACUGAAGAUAUAUCACGACAGCUUCGAGAACGCGCUUUCAUGCUGGUUGACCGAGCGGACUUGCCCUUACACCGCAAAAGCAGACAUAUCGUUAACAAACGACGGUAGACCUGAUUGGAACCGCAUGUACCACCGCGUCUUUCGACUUGAUCGUUUGGCUUCCUCGAUUCGAGGGCGACAACUUACCUUUCAGGAGGACAAAGCAGUUGGCAAAGCUCUCAAUUCUGCGAUAUUCUCGUUCGCCACACAGUGGGCUCAAUCAUCGGAAAGGAGCAGAGCCAAGUACCCCUUCGACCAUGGCGCAAACUCAGAAGGUUUUACGAGUCAGAGUGCCGAUAUGUCUUUGAGUGGCAUCGAGUUUGACCGGACACUGCAAAUCACCGCAUGGAACGAAGCACGCGUGGCUUUACAGGAUGCCGGAGAUAUCGAGUCAUUCAGAUUGGUGCUCGCGCAAAUAGUCUUCUCUCUGACCCAGCGACGAAACGACCCGGACACUGAACUUGGAAUGGCAUCUGACCAGGUCGAACUAGAAAGAUCGGCGUUCAAUAUUGGUGAUGCAGGAGUGGAGGAAUAUGAGGACCUAAUGGCGAGGCUCAACCUCGCAAUCGAUGCUGAGGACCCUCCCGUGCAUUUGGAGAAAGGUGUUCGGCUGAUACACUCCCUGAGAUCACGAAUGACGAUGCGUGCAGGUACACCGCUGCUCAAGCCACGAGCCAACCGACGUGGUAAACAGUAUAGGCCGGCCGCAAAUCGUGUCGAUGCUGCCGAUCGUGCCACAGUCGAUCUGUUAUUCUGGCUCGGAGUUAUGUUCGACACUUUGUCUUCAGCGAUGCACAAGCGACCACUAGUGUUGUCCGACGAGGACAGUAAUGUCUACGCCAACGAGCCAAGGACAACAGCGGAUCAGAUGCAGCGCGAUGUCGGAUCAAUCGUACCCAGAAGUACCGAGGGCGUCUGGGAUAUCCACCUUUUCGCCCAUCAGCGUACUCGGCUGCAACAGAAGCUUGUCCGGUGGCCAUGCUCGUUCGAGCAGGCUGCUGCUCUUCUGUGUGAUGCGGCACCGGUGAAGGUUCUUCUCUUUCGCAAAGUUACACGAAUACAGACGCUCCUUUCUCGCAGCUGUCAUGGUGAAAGAGUCGAACGCUCCAUCAAAGCUGCUCUCAGUGUAUGCGAACAUUGGGAGAGACUUUACGCUCCAUUCAUCCGAGAUUGUGUCCAGUAUCAUGACACCUUGCCACCUCGCAUUCAAUCGUGGUAUAUCUGUUUGACUGGGCAUUGGCAUCUUGCCACGUUGCUCUUAGCAGACCUCAUCGAGAUUGUGGACGAUUCGGAGUUCGGCCUGGAAACUCAGCAGAUGCUCCGUACUUCGACUGAUUUUGUGGCUUGCUUUCGAAAGAGCAACUGCCAAGCUCUUUCAGAUUUGGCCCGAUGUUCGUGUCCGCGAGAGAAUGCUUCGUUUGCGCAAUCACGAGACUUUCACUUCGCCGUCAAUCAGGGGGCCUUAUUGACAGAGCCUUGGACUGCAGUGUUGAUUCGUGCAUUUGCCAAAGCUGGAGUGGUGUUACUUGAGACCGGGCAUAUGCUGCCUUCGUUCUCCGUUGAUGGUAGUUCCGGAGCGGAAGAGGCGUUUCAGCGGGCAGAGGAUUGCGUCCAAGCCUUGUGGUACCUAGGACGAAAAUCUGACAUGGCUCUUUCGGCGGCGAAGAUAUUGGGCGACGCAUUGAAACAAAAGCGUAAGGGCGCCGAAGAAAAAUUGAAGGAGAUGAGUUCUUAUCUCGAAGUCGAGAUGUGGCAGGGCUUCGAUCAGUUGGAUAAGUCAGCUGCGUGGGACUGUUCCAUGUAG